AUGCUACUGCCAUUUCACCACCUCUGAGAGCGCAGCAUCCAUCCUUUUGCUCUCGGCGCCUGGGCCUACCUCGCCUCGGGCUCCUAGGCCAGCGAUGUGCUCACCGCCUAGCUAGAUCUGGGCUGAGCCGCACUGUCUGAAACCUUGGCAGGGCGUCCUAUCCCGCCGCUCCUGGCCCCGGGCAAAGGAGACCUGGCGAGCCACGGCCAUGGAGGCCAUCUGGCUGUACCAGUUCCGGCUCAUUGUCAUCGGGGAUUCCACGGUGGGCAAGUCCUGCUUGAUCCGCCGCUUCACCGAGGGCCGCUUUGCCCAGGUGUCGGACCCCACGGUCGGGGUGGAUUUCUUCUCCCGCCUGGUGGAGAUCGAGCCGGGAAAACGCAUCAAGCUCCAGAUCUGGGAUACCGCGGGUCAAGAGAGGUUCAGAUCCAUCACUCGCGCCUACUACAGGAACUCAGUAGGUGGUCUUCUUUUAUUUGACAUUACCAACCGCAGGUCCUUCCAGAAUGUCCAUGAAUGGUUAGAAGAGACCAAAGUACACGUUCAGCCCUACCAAAUUGUAUUUGUUCUGGUGGGUCACAAGUGUGACCUGGAUACACAGAGGCAAGUGACUCGACAUGAGGCAGAGAAACUGGCUGCUGCGUACGGUAUGAAGUACAUUGAAACAUCAGCCCGUGAUGCCAUUAAUGUGGAGAAAGCCUUCACAGACCUGACAAGAGACAUAUAUGAACUGGUUAAAAGGGGGGAGAUUACAAUCCAGGAGGGCUGGGAAGGGGUGAAGAGUGGAUUUGUACCAAAUGUAGUUCACUCUUCAGAAGAGGUUGUCAAAUCAGAGAGGAGAUGUUUGUGCUAGUCAGCCCUUUUAUUUCUAAAACAUGCUCUCCAACCUGAACUUAAAAGUGAUUGAAAUUGAUAGAACCCUUGUGUGACUGAAGAGAACUCAGAUUCCAUUUUGGAUACCAAGUGAGCCUCCUUCCCAGUGGGGACUCUGACAGACCCUAUGUGCGGGUAAAUGGUGGGGCCUGAGUGCUGUGACUGAGGGACUGAAUUGCUGACAUGGGUCAGGCACUGUUUUCUAGCUACUCCAUGUGCCCAUUGUGGACCACAUAUUAAGGGGCUAGGAUGUGGGGAACUAGGUCCUAGAAAAAUACACUAUAGACAGGUCAACUUUUUCUUGGUAUUUCAGUUCAUUCCUAGGUCAUGAACAUAAAGAAAUAUAUAAAGGGGGAAAAAGUAUCACAUUGGGAACUUAAAAAGACUAUAAGAUAUAAGAUCAAUUUAUUCAGUGAGAAUAUCCUACACAAAAUAUGUGUGCUGGGAUUGGCUAAAGUACCAAUAAGCUUCUAAACAGCUCACCUGUAAAAUGAGGGGAGUGGACUAUUUGCUAAGGCCUUUUCGAGUUUUGGUGUUUGAGUAAAAAUGAUGUUAAUAUGAAAAGGGAGGCCAUUUACAUGCUAUUAUAAUCACAUUUGAAAAUGUGGAUACCGUUAUAAUAGAAUAACCAUCUGGAAGAGGAAAGAAAUUUUAUCACGCAAAUUACUCUAUAUGUAGGAGGAAGAAUCACUCUCCCCUCUGACCAUGCCCGGGCUCUCAUUAAGAAGUAUUUGGCAUCAAGAAUGCAGGGAUUGCCUCUGAUAACCCUGAGGCAAACACUAAUUCAUGAAUUGUGAACUGAGUACCUGCUAAACUGGAGGCGCUGUAAACCUAACAAGCACUUUACAGUUAACACUGCAAUCUUAUUUAUUUGAUCGUCACAAUAGGCCUGUCAGGUUUUUGUCCCCCAUUUUACAGAAGAGCAAACUAUGAGCCAGGAGACUCACUUGGUCAUGGUCAAGAUCUCCUGACUCCUAAUUUCUGUUCUUUUCACCAGAUCACUCUGCUGUUAGAUGAACGAACUGUUAUUAAAUUGUUUACUUUGGAAGAGAGGUGACUGUAAAUAAAUGUUCUCUACAUGUUAGGAUUCGUUUUCCUUAUUAAUUACAACUCAGCUAUAAUCCUGAGGGCACCUGGGGAUGAAUCUAAGCCCAUUCAGGUAUUAUUGACAAGAGGGCUUUAAAUAAGUGAAUAAUUGCACAACUGAAAUAUAUUAGAACUGCAUGGGCUGUUAAGUGUUCUUAUCACUAAAACAGUGGACAUUUUAUUGAAAGGAACCAAAUACAGUGAUGGGAAGUAGGGUGAGGAUAAAAUACUCACCUCACAAUGACAUGGGCCAUCUGUUUGCCAUAUACCUACACUGGAUUCUUGUCUAUUCUAGAGAGUCCAGUUCUUAAUUCUCAGGUGAACAGACAACUAGUUGCAUCAGAAAAAAUGGAAUGGCUAGCUCUGAAGUUCCAUUAUCUUAUUGAAGAGAGGUGAUGCUUUAAAUUAUAUUUUGGAUUGUAGCCAGUUCAGCUAGGCAAAAGCCAUACUUUUCAUAAUACAAAACUAUCCUGAUUAAAGUCAGGUUUCUCAUAUCCAUUAUGUAGGAAAGCCUAAGAAUGGCAAAUUGAACUUCAGUAUGAAAGUGACUGAAUCUGAAAGUUUGGGGGUUUAUUUCAGAAUAAAGAAGCCAAAUAAUGAAAAUUAUGGAAAACUAUUUUGCCACCUGUGCCCCAAGUUGGAUGAGCAAACCACCUUGGACCAAUUUACAGCAUCAACUACAAAUGAACUAAUCAUCAUCUCUACCUUUGUUUCACAUGACCUGGCCUAGGUAAUAAAGUUGCCAGUUUCAUGGUUGUAGAAGGCAAAUAAAAGAUGGUAAAUUGGGUUAACACAAAUUUUCAUCAACUGCUAUGCUUAAUUAUGUUUAAAAAUACUGAAAGCAAGAUUAUCCAGUGGGUAAAUGAGCAUUGACUGGAUUCUGUCAGUUCAAAAAAAGGAUAGAAACAAAACUUCUCUAUGGUUUCCUUGACUAAAUUAUAUUAUAUGUAAACUUUUCCCAUUUCUUGCGUUUUUUAGGCAGGUUUAAAAAUACUCGGCAUAGAUCCAGCAGAGGUGGCUGAGCUUAAUUGCUUAAAUAAGUUCUAGAAUCUUUAAAAAUCAUUUUAGUAGAAUUCAGUGCUACUGUCACUGCAAUAAGUGGGUUUUAGCAAAUAAGUGUGAAAAAAUCGGGUGUUAAUAUAAUACUAAGGGUAAAGCUUUAGAAGCUAUUUUACUACAUAGGUAUAGAAAAGAUAAACUAACUUGUAACAAAGAUCACACUGCAUGUUGGAUUAGAUUGUCUCAUAUUCCACAGUAAAAUGUACUGUAUACUUUUCCUCACUUUGUUGUGCACUGUAAUGAAAUGUGAAAAAUUGCUUUAUUUAGCUGUAUGUGAAUGAAAACAUGCUUGUAUUUAGUAAAAUGGUUGAUUACAUGAC